AUGCCUACCACAUACGCCGAGUUCGGUCCCAACACCGAGGCCACAGAGGUCGCCCAGGCCUUCCAGGACCGCGUCCGCGGCAAGACCGUCCUCGUCACGGGCGGCAGCAUCAAGGGCAUUGGCUACGCCACGGCCUACGCCAUGGCGUCCCAGGCACCUGCUCACCUGAUUCUGGCCGGCCGCACGCCCGCAAAGCUCACCGAGUGCAUAGACGCACUCAAGGCCGCCUUCCCGGCCGUCGAUGUCCGCCCCUUGCCGAUCGACCUGUCGAGCCAGGCGUCCGUGCGCAAGGCGGCGGCCGCCGUGCUGGGGUGGGCCGACGUCCCCACCAUCGACUACGUCUUCAACACCGCCGGCGUCAUGGGCCUGCCGCAGCGCACGCUGUCCGUCGACGGCAUCGAGAUGCAGAUGGCCACCAACCACAUGGGCCACUGGCUGCUGUCGUGCCUGCUGAUGCCGAAGCUGAUUGCGGCGGCCCGCGGCCAGCCCAAGGGCAGCGUCCGCAUUGUCAACGUGUCGGCGGGCUCGGCCUUUAUCGGUGCCAUGCGCUGGAGCGACAUGAACUUUGACGUCGUCAACAAGCACCUGCCGGCCGCCGAGCAGCCCAACUACGCGUUCAUGACGCGCUGGGGCUACACGGGGCUCGAGGACGUCGCGUACGCCGGCAUCGACGGCUACAACCGCAGCAAGGUCGCCAACGUCCUGGCCGCCGUCGGGACGACGCACGCGCUCUACGCGUCCCACGGCAUCCUGAGCGUCGCCGUCCACCCGGGCGUCAUCCCGACCGAGCUCGGCCGCGACUUUGAGCCGCUCGUGCUGGACAGCGUCCAGGCCAUGGUGGCCGACGGCACCAUCUCGUACAAAACCCUGGGCGCCGGCGCGUCCACGUCGCUCGUGGCGGCCCUCGACAGCAAAGUGACAGUCGAGGCGCGCGGCGGGCCCCGGAACCGCGAAAACUACGGCGUCUUCAUGGUCGACUGCCAGGUCAGCGACGGGGCCACCGACCUGGCCACGUCGAGCGCGGAGGCGGCGCGGCUGUGGGCCCUCUCGGAGGAUCUGGUCAAGGAGAAGUUUUCCUGGUAG